AUGGGCGAGCGUUGCUGUGCGGCGGUGGUGCGGGUGCUGGUGCUGCAGGCGGCCUGGGCGCUGUCGGGCGGGCAGGUGCGCUACUCGGUGCCGGAGGAAGCCAAGGCCGGCACGGUGGUGGGCCGUCUGGCGCAGGACCUGGGCCUGGAGGCGGGCGAGGCGGAGGCGCGGCGGCUGCGGCUGGUGGCGCCGGGCCGGCGGGCGAGCGUGGAGGUGAGCGGGGCGAGCGGCGCGCUGCUGGUGAGCUCGCGGCUGGACCGGGAGGAGCUGUGCGGCAAGAGCGCGCCGUGCGCGCUGCGCCUGGAGGUGCUGCUGGAGCGGCCGCUGCGCGUCUUCCAUGUGCAGCUGGAGGUCACCGACAUCAACGACAAUGCCCCCGUCUUCCCCGCCGCCCGGAAAAACCUCAGCAUGGCGGAAUCAUCUGUGCCGGGGUCUCGUUUCCCGCUGGAGGGCGCGUCAGAUGCGGAUAUCGGACCGAAUGCGCAGCUGUCCUAUGCACUCAGCCCCAGCGAGUAUUUCUCUCUGGAUUUACAAAAAACGGAGGAGGACGGUGAGUCCUUAUUCCUGGUGCUCAGGAAGACGCUGGAUCGCGAGACCGUUCCCGUGCACCGGUUGUUGCUGACGGCGAGUGACGGGGGCCGGCCGUCUCUGACGGGUACAAUGGCGCUGGUGAUCCUGGUGGUGGAUGCGAACGACAACGCCCCUCAGUUCAACCAGUCAGUGUAUAAAGUACAGCUGCCAGAAAAUGCAGAACGCGGCACCUUAGUCAUCAAACUAAAUGCCACGGAUUUAGAUGAAGGGUCGAACAGAAAUAUCUCGUAUUCACUCGAGACUCUGUUCCCUCAGGAUAGAAAUGAUGUUUUUGGAAUAGACAGGAAGAGCGGAGAGGUUCGUCUCAGGAAUGAUUUAGACUUUGAGGAUGUUCGUCUAUACCGCCUGCAAGUGGAUGCUACAGAUCAAGGAAACCCUCCCCUUUCGGGUCACUGCAAGGUGGUGCUGGAGGUGGUGGACGUGAACGACAACUCUCCGGAGGUGUGGGUGACGUCGCUGUCGGUGCCGGUGCCCGAGGACGCGUCGUUGGGGACGGUGGUGGCCCUGCUGAGCGUGUCGGACCGGGACUCGGGCGAGAACGGUCGCGUGCGGUGCUGGGUGUGGCCGGCGUCGCCGUUCGGUCUGGAGGCGACGUUCGCGGGCUCGUACUCGCUGGUGCUGCGCGAGGCGCUGGACCGGGAGCGGGUGUCGGAGUACGAGGUGGAGGUGCGUGCGGAGGACGGCGGGGCGCCGGCGCUGCGCGCCAGCCGCGGGCUGCGGGUGCCGGUGUUGGACGUGAACGACAACGCGCCCUCAUUCGCGCAGGCCGUGUACACGGUGUUGGCGCGGGAGAACAACGCGGCGGGCGCGGAGCUGGCGCGGCUGUGGGCGCGGGACCCGGACGAGGCGGCCAACGGGCGCGUCAGCUACUCGGUGUGGGACGGUGGCGUGGGCGUGGGCGGCGGCGGGGCCGCGGGGUCGUCGUCGUCGGGCGUUGGGUGGCGUCCGGCGUCGAGCUACGUGUCGGUGGACGCGGAGAGCGGGCGUCUGUGGGCGCUGCAGCCCUUGGACUACGAGGAGCUGCAGGUGCUGCAGUUCGAGGUGCGCGCGGUGGACGCGGGGGAGCCGCCGCUGAGCGGCAACGCCACGGUGCAGCUGUUCGUGCUGGACGAGAACGACAACGCGCCGGCGCUGCUGCCGCCCGCGGGCUCGGCAGCGGAGGCGGGCGGCGUGGCGGCGGCGGAGGCGGCUUUGUCGCUGUCGGGGGCGGGCUCGGAGUCGGGCACGCUGUGGGCGUGGGCGGCGUGGGGGGCGCCGGCGGGGCAGGUGGUGGCCAAGAUCCGCGCCGUGGACGCCGACUCGGGCUACAACGCGUGGCUGCGCUACGAGCUGUGGGAGCCGCGGGGCAAGGGCCCGUUCCGCGUGGGGCUCUACAGCGGCGAGGUGAGCACGGCGCGGGCGCUGGACGAGGCGGACGGGCCUCGCCAGAGGCUGCUGAUCGUCGUGCGCGACCACGGCGAGCCGGCGCGCUCGGCCACGGCCACGCUCAGCGUGUCGCUGCUCGAGGCCGCCGAGGCGGCGCUGGCCGCGGGAUCCUCGUCGUCGUCGUCGUUGUCGGCGGUGUCGCGCUCGGCGGCGGGCGUGGAGCUCGGGGCCGGGGCGGCGAGCGCGGCCACCAACGUGUGGCUGGUGGUGGCCAUCUGCGCCGUGUCCAGCCUCUUCCUGCUGGCCGUGGUGCUGUACGGGGCGUCGCGCUGGGCGCCGCGGGCGGCCGUGCUCUCGGCGCCCGGGCCCACGACGCUCGUGUGCGCCAGCGAAGUGGGCAGCUGGUCCUACUCGCAGCGCCACAGCCGCAGCCUGUGCGUGGCGGACGGCGCUGCCAAGAGCGACCUCAUGGUUUUCAGCCCCAACUUCCCUCCGCCGCCGCCCGCUCCUGCAGCCAAGGACACGCAGCCGGAGCCCUCCGCUCUCCUCGACACGGUCAGUGCCACUGCUUUCAUUCCCCUUUGCGGAGCGCGCGAGGCGGCGGAGCAGCGCACGGUGUCGCUGCAGGCUCAGGAACGGGUCCGUGUGGGCGGCUCCGCCCCGGUGCGGCGGAGAGCCCGGCUAGCGGCGGCGGCGGCGGGCAGAGCGGCAGGAAGGAUGGGCGAGCGUUGUUGUGCAGCGGUGGUGCGGGUGCUGGUGCUGCAGGCGGCCUGGGCGCUGUCGGGCGGGCAGGUGCGCUACUCGGUGCCGGAGGAAGCCAAGGCCGGCACGGUGGUGGGCCGUCUGGCGCAGGACCUGGGCCUGGAGGCGGGCGAGGCGGAGGCGCGGCGGCUGCGGCUGGUGGCGCCGGGCCGGCGGGCGAGCGUGGAGGUGAGCGGGGCGAGCGGCGCGCUGCUGGUGAGCUCGCGGCUGGACCGGGAGGAGCUGUGCGGCAAGAGCGCGCCGUGCGCGCUGCGCCUGGAGGUGCUGCUGGAGCGGCCGCUGCGCGUCUUCCAUGUGCAGCUGGAGGUCACCGACAUCAACGACAAUGCCCCCGUCUUCCCCGCCGCUCGCAAAAACCUCACUUUAUCGGAGAACUCGCCUACUGGGUUUCGUUUCCCGCUAGAGAGCGCAUCCGAUGCGGAUAUCGGAGCGAACGCGCAGCUGUCCUAUACACUCAGCCCCAGCGAGCAUUUUAGCUUGGAAGUGAAAGCCAAGGACGAAAAUAAAAUCUCCGUACUGCUCGUAUUAACGAAACCUCUGGACCGCGAGACGAUUCCCGUGCACCGGUUGUUGCUCACGGCGAGUGACGGGGGCCGGCCGUCUCUGACGGGGACAAUGGAGUUGGUGAUCUCAGUGCUGGAUGUGAACGACAAUGCGCCCCAGUUCAACCAGUCGUUGUAUAAAGUGCAGUUACCGGAAAAUACGACCCCUGGAACUGUGUUUUUCCAGCUAACAGCGACAGACAAUGAUGAGGGAAUUAAUCAAGAAAUAUAUUAUUCUUUUAGCGAUGCGGUUUCUGCCAAAAUUCAGGACCAUUUCAAAAUUGACGAAAAAUCUGGGGAAAUACGGACUGCCGGGGAAUUGGAUUUCGAGGACACUCAGUCAUAUGACUUAGAGAUUGAAGCAAGAGAUAAAGGAACACCCUCGCUUUCGGGUCACUGCAGCGUGGAUCUGAAGGUUCUGGACAUGAAUGACAACGCUCCGGAGGUGUGGGUGACGUCGCUGUCGGUGCCGGUGCCCGAGGACGCGUCGUUGGGGACGGUGGUGGCCCUGCUGAGCGUGUCGGACCGGGACUCGGGCGAGAACGGUCGCGUGCGGUGCUGGGUGUGGCCGGCGUCGCCGUUCGGUCUGGAGGCGACGUUCGCGGGCUCGUACUCGCUGGUGCUGCGCGAGGCGCUGGACCGGGAGCGGGUGUCGGAGUACGAGGUGGAGGUGCGUGCGCAGGACGGCGGGACGCCGGCGCUGCGCGCCAGCCGCGGGCUGCGGGUGCCGGUGUCGGACGUGAACGACAACGCGCCCUUGUUCGCGCAGGCCGUGUACACGGUGCUGGCGCGGGAGAACAACGCGGCGGGCGCGGAGCUGGCGCGGCUGUGGGCGCGGGACCCGGACGAGGCGGCCAACGGGCGCGUCAGCUACUCGGUGUGGGACGGCGGCGUGGGCGUGGGCGGCGGCGGGGCCGCGGGGUCGUCGUCGGGUGGCGUUGGGUGGCGUCCGGCGUCGAGCUACGUGUCGGUGGACGCGGAGAGCGGGCGUCUGUGGGCGCUGCAGCCCUUGGACUACGAGGAGCUGCAGGUGCUGCAGUUCGAGGUGCGCGCGGUGGACGCGGGGGAGCCGCCGCUGAGCGGCAACGCCACGGUGCAGCUGUUCGUGCUGGACGAGAACGACAACGCGCCGGCGCUGCUGCCGCCCGCGGGCUCGGCAGCGGAGGCGGGCGGCGUGGCGGCGGCGGAGGCGGCUUUGUCGCUGUCGGGGGCGGGCUCGGAGUCGGGCACGCUGUGGGCGUGGGCGGCGUGGGGGGCGCCGGCGGGGCAGGUGGUGGCCAAGAUCCGCGCCGUGGACGCCGACUCGGGCUACAACGCGUGGCUGCGCUACGAGCUGUGGGAGCCGCGGGGCAAGGGCCCGUUCCGCGUGGGGCUCUACAGCGGCGAGGUGAGCACGGCGCGGGCGCUGGACGAGGCGGACGGGCCUCGCCAGAGGCUGCUGAUCGUCGUGCGCGACCACGGCGAGCCGGCGCGCUCGGCCACGGCCACGCUCAGCGUGUCGCUGCUCGAGGCCGCCGAGGCGGCGCUGGCCGCGGGAUCCUCGUCGGCGUCGUCGUCGUCCUCAGCGGUGUCGCGCUCGGCGGCGGGCGUGGAGCUCGGGGCCGGGGCGGCGAGCGCGGCCACCAACGUGUGGCUGGUGGUGGCCAUCUGCGCCGUGUCCAGCCUCUUCCUGCUGGCCGUGGUGCUGUACGGGGCGUCGCGCUGGGCGCCGCGGGCGGCCGUGCUCUCGGCGCCCGGGCCCACGACGCUCGUGUGCGCCAGCGAAGUGGGCAGCUGGUCCUACUUGCAGCGCCACAGCCGCAGCCUGUGCGUGGCGGACGGCGCUGCCAAGAGCGACCACAUGGUUUUCAGCCCCAACUUCCCUCCGCCGCCGCCCGCUCCUGCAGCCAAGGACGCGCAGCUGGAGCCCUCUGCUCUUCUCGACACGGUCAGUGCUACUGCUGUGCUCGCCUCUAAACUCUCGUCCUGUGUUUUCCACUCGAGGUUGCUGAAGUUCUGCAUUCCAGCUGAGAUAUCACGUAAUAAGAGCUGGUGGAUCCGAAUACUUUUGUUUGCUGUGCGGCGCUGGAUGCGGCACGCGAGAUACCAGAAUGGGUAA